GACUCGUCCUAGUCCUUGUUGUUGCUUGAUACCACCUUUAACACGAAGCACACUGCCUCAGCUGAAAACCAACAUCCGCCCAUUCUCUAGUUUCGCUCUUGAAAUGUGCUGAAUUUUGACCAGCUCCUUCAAAUGCUUCGCUUUAAAGGCAGUCAGCAUUUUCGACAGCGCCUAGUUUGCUCGACACUCUCCGGCCGGCCCAUUCGCAUUGACGACAUCCGCGCCGCCGACCCCGAGAGCCCGGGCCUGCGCGAAUUUGAGGCUUCAUUUCUAAGACUUUUAGAAAAGCUCACGAAUGGCUGCGUCGUGGAAAUCAACGAGACGGGUACCUCGCUGAAGUAUAGGCCAGGUGUGGUGGUAUGUGGCACGGCGCUGUCACACGACUGCGGCACCAGCCGCGGCAUCGGCUAUUUCCUGGAGCCGCUGGUGGUGCUAGGCCUGUUCGGCAAGAAGCCGCUGUCCAUAACGCUGCGCGGCAUCACCAAUGACAGUGUGGACCCAGGUGUGGACACCUUCCGCACCGUGACGCUGCCGCUGAUGCGGAAGGCGCUGGGCCUGGAGGACGGGUUGGAGCUGCGGGUGGUGUCACGCGGCGCGGCGCCAGGGGGCGGCGGGGAGGUGGUGCUGCGGGUGCCCAUGGUGAAGCAGCUGUCGCCCGUCAAGAUGGAGGACGAGGGCAUGGUCAAGCGGAUACGUGGUGUGGCGUACAGCAUGAAGGUCUCGCCACAGGUUACGAACCGGCUGGUAGACGGCGCUCGCGGUGUGCUCAACACGCUGCUGGCAGACGUGUACGUGUUCACGGACGCCACCAGCGGGGCGGCCAGCGGCAAGAGCCCCGGCUACGGCAUCACGCUGGUUGCUGAGACCACCGCCGGCUGCCUCAUCAGCGCGGAGGCGUGCCACGUGGCGCCCAGCAGACAGCAGACUGAGGGCGGCACCCAAGGCGAGCUGGUGCCUGAGGACAUCGGCACCACGGCGGCGCAGCUGCUGCUGGAGGAGGUCCGGCGAGGCGGUGUGGUGGACGGCAGCCACCAGGGGCUGCUGCUGCUGCUGUGCGCGCUGGGGCCAGAGGAAGCCAACACGCUGCGGCUGGGGCCGCUGACGCCGCACGCAGUGCGCACGCUGCGCCACAUCCGCGACUUCUUCGGCGUCACCUUCAGCCUGCGCACCGAGAGGAGCAGCAGCACCAUCUUCGCCACCUGCGUGGGUGCCAACAUCCGCAACGUCAGCCGCCGCGUCACGUAGUGCAGAGGUUGCGCGGUUAGAGGCAAGGGGAGACGGCGGGAUUACUGGUGGCGGGGCGCGUGUGUUGUUGUGGCGGCGUGCAGGCGUGUGUGGGUUUGUGGAGCGAGCAGAAAGAGAGGAGGGGCGGAGGCUGUCUGUUGAGGUGAGGAGGGUGCGCGGGUGACGGCCAUACAUCUGGGCACGUCUGGGCGCCGUAGGGGGUUGCUGGAUGCAGUCGCGCAGUAUGAGAUAAUUAGUCUAGCAAGUUGUUUCGGACGCUCUGGCUGUGAUGAAGCAAAGUGAAGCACGGGAGGGACUCGGCGCGCAGGAUCAUUUGCGGUGCGACUGGCGCGCGGUGUCAAGGGGGUGUCAGCUGGGGAAGGGGCUGAUCCAUCAGGGAAGACUGACGGCAAGUCGGCGAGCUUGAACUUUGCGCUUUUUUAGACACUGCUACAUGCUCAAAGCGGGGUGCAAGGAAACGGACGCAACAUAGUCAAAAGUGGUGGCGGUUGCAAGGUGGUUGUUGGUACAAGCAGGUACAAGCUCGCGUCAAACAUGCUUUGUUGGCAAAGUGCUGCAACGUUAAUUGCU